CUGAAAGUCGAGGUGAUCCCAGCAACCAGCUAUGCGAUGGAGUAUUCCUCACUCCAAAUAACCUGCACUGCUUAUGAUGAGGCCAAUGUACAGAUACCAGAAAGCAUCCGAUUUAUUGAAGUAGAUGAUAUCUUGAAUGAGAAGAAUUUAACCGAUAAGGACAGCAACCUCAACUUUACAACAACGCGAGAAGACAGUGGUCGCAAGCUCAUAGUUACCAUGACAAUCCUCAACGUCACAAAAAAGUACGAGUUAGGAAGAGAUAAAAGUUACCGAUGCGUCGCAUACGCAGUGAACAUUAGUAGGCCCGCACAGUUUGUCUUCUCUAUAUUUGUAAUUCAAGAAAGUGACAUACCCAAAGUGACUGUCUCUAAUCUGACGGUGGAUCACUCCGUUCCCGCGACGAUUUUUUGCAACAUAACAUUCAGAGGAAGCCAAACCACAACACUGAAAAGUUUGUGGUUGUCCAAAGACGGCGAAAACCUGACUGACACUUUAAAGGAGGACGGAAUUUCAGAAUCCACUUCAUUGGUUCUCAAAAGUAUUAGCAUGAAAGAUGGAGGGAUGUAUUCUUGCAACUUGAAAGUCCUCCUUAAAGACAAGGUGCCUCGCGAAGUAAAAGAAACUAGCUCGCUCACAAUCACACCGUGGUUUGAAAGUAAAGAUAGAAAAACUGUUUUGAAGAAGUUAAGAGACGACCUAACUUUAGAGUGCGGUGCCAGAGGAUACCCUCUGAAGGUGGAAUGGAAGUUUAAGAGUGAGACAAACGAAACAGUUAAGCCUUGCAUAAAUUCUUCAACGGAUGAGCGUUACAAGGUGAGCCGGAGGGGACCUCACGAUCCCUACUCCUUGACCAUUACAGGCUUGAGCAAAGCUGACCUUGGAGUUUAUUACUGCUGUCUGCCAUCAGGCUGCUCUGAGAAGAUCAAUGAGGAUCAAUGUCAAAGCUUUGAAAUCGAUGAAAAAGUCACACCGUGGUUUGAAAGUAAAGAUAAAAAAACUGUCGCAAAGAAGUUGGGAGACGACUUAACUUUAGAGUGCGGUGCCAGAGGAUACCCUCUAAAGGUGGAAUGGAAGUUUAAGAGUGAGACAGACGAAACAGUUAAGCCUUGCAUAAAUUCUUCAACGGAUGAUCGUUACAAGGUGAGCCAGAAGGGACCUCACGAUCCCUAUUCCUUGACCAUUACAAGCUUGAGCAAAGCUGACCUUGGAGUUUAUUACUGCUGUCUGCCAUCAGGCUGCUCUAAGAACGUUAAUGAGGAUCAGUGUCAAAGCUUUGAAAUCGAUGAAAAAGGUGAACCAACUGCCGGAACAAUGUCUGUGGUUGCCCAUAACGUGUUCCUCAUCUCAGGUUUCUUUGUGGUGUCGCUUUUGAGAUUGUAGAGGACGGGGAAGCCCACGAAACAACUUGAACUUCACUCUUAACUUCGGCUGAUUUUCUUAUUAGGAGACGUUCACUGCUUCUGAACAUCACCAAUUCACGAUAAUUCCUAUACCGUCCUCUAAAUUUUUCGGUUGCGUAAAUUUGUUAAACUACCCCAGUUUUUGCCUAUUGUUUUAUUAGUCAUGUUAGUCUGCCGGUUACAACUAGUUUUCCAAAUUUUUUUCUUUGGCUAUUAACAACAAAAUAUUGGACCCAACUUUCAAACACUUCAAAUGUAAGCAAGUUUUCCUUGUUAUUAUUAGAUAUAAAGAGGUAAUUACAAUGUAGAAGUGCAGACCUCAAAGUCAAGUGACAGCCUUGCUAGUUAGUUCAUACCACCUUGCAUUCCCAGAUUAACAAAAAGCUGUGAACAGAAUCCAGAAUCCAGUACAGUGAGACCAUAAAGUAGAAUCUACAGUUAUGUUAAGUAAAAUAUAUUGUCUGAAUCAUUUCGCUUAUUUGAAGAAUAUUGGCUUCCUUAGUAAACAGUUAUACAUCCAAUAGAUGUCAUUACACAAAAUUCACCGUAUUAUUUGUUACGAACAAGAGUUUGAUGAAAUUUUAUGAGCUCAAAGGUGUAGAAAUAAACUACCGAAGAAAUAAUAAACUCUAGUAUAUUACUCAA